UAUAAUGGAUUUGUUAAUUUAAGGAUAUAGAUAAAAUUUAUCUUUUUUAAAUAUUCGUUGCACAAAUCCAAAGUAAAUUGCAAUAUGGGGCGAUUCGAAGCAGUUGUAUUUUUCGCUUUCCUUGGCUUGGUGGUAGCAGACAAUGCCGCGCAAUCCGGUCAAUCCAGGAUCGUGUCAGGAUGGGUGGCGCGCGAGGGCCAGUUCCCGUACAUGAUGUACCUUCGCACAGUUAGUGUGCACGGCCAGAUCACCGCGUGCGGUGGCUCCAUCAUCCACCACAACUGGGGCUUCUCCUCAGCACGAUGCACUGCUAAUCGGGUAAACCUGAUGAUCCGCGCUGGCAUGGUGAACAUCAACCGGCCUCGUGUAUACUUCGAGACGAGUACGGUGUUCACGGCGCCGGAGUUCAUCGACGAGAUCCACCCCAUCACGCAGCCGCACGACAUCGCGCUCAUCAGGUUCAACCGAUGGCUCAACUACGACAAUUUCGUUCAGCCGAUCAGGAUCAUGAGGUCUGCGGAUAUGAACCGCAACUAUGCCGGCGUGCGUAUGACCACCAGCGGCUGGGGCACCACCUGGACUGGAGGUCAAGUAACAAACGAUCUGAACUGGGUGCACCUGACCGGCGUGACGAACUUCAUGUGCAUGUUGGUGUUCAACAACAACUUCUUUAUUCGAGAGUCCACCAUCUGCGCCGGGCCUUACAACGUGACCAGCCAGGGUAUCUGCUCGGGUGACAGUGGCGUGCCCCUCACCGUGGUGGACGUGGACGGGCAGCUCACCCAGGUCGGCGUGGGGAGCAUCGUCUCGCAGUUCGGGUGUCAUGCUGGCCUGCCUGGUGCCUUCGUUCGUCCCGGACAUUACCACCCGUGGAUCCGCGCAGUGACCGGCAUCAACUUCGACUGGACGCCAUCCGUGGUUGUUUCUGAAGAUAAAACAGAGACGAAGGAACCUUCGUUAAACAUCCUCAAUUUACUUCGCAAGUGAUUAGUCCAAGGCGAUCUUGUUUAACAGCCAAAGUUCUUUGUAAAUAA